AUGUUAUCAAGGAUUGCUAGAAACGGUUUGAAAGCAAGAUCAAGUUCAAUUGCCAGAACUUCAAGAGUCACCUCAUUGUUUUCUAGACAAUUUGCAACAGAAGGACCUUCAGCAUCACAACCAAAAGAAGUUUUUACAAAAUUAUCAGAUUCAAAAGAUCCUCAAAGAAAUCAAUUUUUUCAAUAUACUUGGGGUUCAUGGUUACAAAAUGAUAAAUUGAAAAAGCAACAACGUCAAACUAAAUUUUCAAUUGAAGGAUUAUCUUCAUUUUUCCAUGAUUUACAUAUAAAAGAAAAUGUAAAACUUUCACAACCGAUUGAAAAAGAUGGGUUAUUCAUUUUAGAAAAUAAUUUAACCAAAGAGACAUUGGGAGAAACGAGUGAUAAAUUAGUUGUAAAAUCAAUUGCAUCAAUUCAUGAAGGAAAACAUCAUAGAAUUUAUAAAAUUACUUUAAAUACAGGUAAAAAUCUAGUAUUAAGAAUUCCAUAUAAAUUAGAUUCUGAUAAUUCAAUAUCUUCCAAAAUCAAAAGUGAAGUAGCAACAAGUGAUUUCUUAAACUUAAAAUUGAAUUUAAAAGUUCCUAAAGUAUUGGCUUAUGGAACUAACAAGACUAAUAAAUUAGAAUCACCUUUUAUAUUACAAGAAUUUAUUGAUGGUGAUUUAUUAAUGAAAAAAUGGCAUCCAUUAGAUCCAGAUUCUCCAGAAUCUGAGGAAAACUUGAAAAAAGUAAUUGUACCAAUUGCGAAAUUUCAAGAUGAUAUUUUAAAUAUUACUUUUAAUCAAUUUGGGUCCUUGUAUUUCUAUAAUGAUGUUGAACCAAGUUUACAAUCUAAAUUAUGUUAUGACAAUGAAUCAAAUGAAGAAUUCAAAGAUAGAUGGAGAAUUGGACCAAGUGUUGAAAAAGUGUUUACAAAGGAUAAAAAUUUGUUAUCUAGCAAAGUUAUAGAUCAAUAUAAUGGACCUUGGGAUGCUUCAAAUCCAAUAAAUUUAAUGGAAUCAGUAUCUGAUAUUGAAUUAGAAAAUGCCAGAAAUAAAUUAUCAUUAUUAGAAUCUAAAUCAGGUGGAGAUAUAAAAGAAUCCAAAGAAAUAUUACAAAAUCAAAUCAAAACUUUUGAACAUCUCAAGAAAAUAACUCCAUCCUUGAUAAAUUCACAUUCAAAAUCUAUAAAAAAUGUCGAAGAUUUAUUUAAACCAAGAUUAUAUAUCCCAGAUUUAGAUCCAUUAAAUGUAAUUGAAACACCAACUAAUCAAUACUAUUUCAUUGAUUUUGAAAAUUCAACAAUAAAACCAUUCAUAUUAAACAAUUAUCCAAAUUUCAUAGCUUAUAAUGGAGCCAAAAUUUAUAAUUUACAAGAAGAUAUACCAGAUUUUGACAAGAUGGAUCCCAUGGAAAAACAACAAUAUGAAUUCAUGUAUUUUAAAACCAGAAAUGAAAGAAUUUGGGAAAUGGAAUUAAAUAAAAAUAAACAUAAUUUAAUUGCUGUUGCAUCUCCUCAUAUAAAAAUUUUAAGAUCUCCAUAUUUACAAGCUUUAGAAUUGAAAAAUCCAAAAGAUUAUUUAUAUAUUGAAGGUUCAAUAAUUCAAUUACAAGCAAUGUGGGAAUCAUAUGUUGCUAAUGAAUUAGUAAAUACUAAAGAUUCAAAUUUCCCAAUUGAAUAUGAUGAAAAUUAUUUAGAUAAUCAUCAAUCACAAUUAAGUGAUUAUCAAUUAGAAACUAUUUCUUCUCCUUUUAAUGCAACUGGUGGUUGGAUUCCACAAGAUAUGUUUGAUACUUUAAAAUCACAAGGAAUAAUAGUUGAUGAAGGUAAUGGAAAUUAUAAAAUUGAAACUGGUAAAGUUUUGGAAAAUCCUCCAUCUGAAGAAGAAUCUAAAUAA